AUGCAUAUCGAUGAGUGUGCAUCUGAACCUUGUCAGAACAAUGGAACUUGUAUAGAUCUGAUCAAUGAUUACACAUGUGCUUGUACUGUCGGUUUUAAUGGAACGAACUGCACAAUUGGAUUCAAUGGAACAAAUUGUGACAUCAAUAUCGAUGAGUGUGCAUCUGAACCUUGUCAGAACAAUGGAACUUGUAUAGAUCUGAUCAAUGAUUACACAUGUGCUUGUACUGUCGGUUUUAAUGGGACGAACUGCACAAUUGCUGGUACUUGA